UUCACUGCAAUUGUUUGAAAAGGGAUCUGCAGUACACAUCCACAUUUCCAAACGAUCCAAACAGCGACCGGUUCGCGUCUCCUCAAAAUGUACAUCCACAAGUAUUUUCUCUUACUUCUGUUUGUGUUGAUAAUUAACGAUGUUCAAGCGCGCAGAGGAAGGACCAGGUCGAGAACCAAGUCUAAAUUUCAAAUAGGUUUACCGAUCACCGGAAAAUACAGAGAUCCCGAAUCCGAUCAAUAUUACAAUAACAAUAACGGUGCAAAGAUUACAUUGGCUUCCCAUUUCGAUUAUGAAUACGUUCUUGGACAUAAAAUUGCAUUCUUGUGUGUUGCCAAAGGAAAUCCGAGACCACACAUCACUUGGUACAAAGACGGCGCUGAAAUUUUCUCUCAUUUAUAUUUAAAUGUUCACGAAUGGAAUAUUGGUACCGAUAAGGUUAAGAGUAAGUUGGAGAUCGAUCCUGCUACCCAAAUGGAUGCUGGAGUCUACGAAUGCACCGCUGAUAACAUGUAUUCGAUUGACAGAAGGUCUUUCAAAACUGAUUUCAGCAUAGCUUUCGAUUAGAUAAUCUAUUGAAAC